AUGACGGCUGAGGAGGGGGAGGAGGUGGCAGCAGUGAUGACAGCUGAUGAGGCGGCGAAGGCUGCAGCAGGGAUGGCAGCUGAGGAGACGGUGGGGGCGGCAGCAGGGACAGUGGUUGAGGAGUCGCGGGAGGCAGGUCGCGAGGGCCACGAGUGUCCCGUGAGCACUGUCUGGGCGGAGAAAACGGAGUUUCGUAACGUGCCUAUCACCAUGCACCGACAAAGGACGACCCACUACUACGAGGAGCAGGCCCUCACCCAAAUCUUUAAGUCCACCAAGUCCAUCCCGUACUUCGUGACCCAGACCCAGGUGGUCCCUAACUACAUAACGAAGGUGGCCUGGCUCCCGCAGCCCGUGACCCACAGCGUGUACAACACCCACGCCCUCACCACCACCGUGCACGUCCAGGAGCUCUACACGCUGACGGUGGCGCUGACAUCGAGGGCUACAGUGACGGUGUGUCCGGAGAAGACCAUCUACCACUGAG